AGAGCAGGGCCGUCCCGUGCCGCACCCUAGACGACCAGCCCAUCGUCGAGUCCAUCGAGCACGCCGGCGGGACCCCGCCGGCAGUGACUGCCCAUCCAGUCCAUGCCUCCUCUUCCAGUGAUCCGAUCCGACUGGGAUGGGGUCUCCCAGAUAAGCGCGCGCCUUUAUCUACCCACUCUCUCUUCCUCCGCCUCUGCCUGCUCCUAUCCAUUCGCCUUCCUCUGCCCCCCGCCCCGCGCCGCUGUCUCGCUCUCCUCACUCCUCUCCGGGAUUCCACCCCGCGCCUUCGCCUUCCCUCCCCGACCCGGCCGCCGCCGCGGGACCAGGACCUUCGCCAGGCGCCCGCGCCGAAGAGGAGCCGCCGCCACCAAGAGCUAGCCGGUCACAGUCGUUGCAAAGCACAUAUAUAUGGCCCUCAAUACACUGCAACUUCCAUCUAACUUAGCAAGGCUAAGCAGCUACAGCUUCAGUCCAUCCUCAGCUUCUUACCAGCCAAAGCCACCAGGGAGACUUGACACAAGGACCACUGCAAAGAAGCACCAGAAGAGAACCACAUCAGUCCUUAAAUGCAGAGCCAAUCUGCAUGGCUGCAUGGACGAGGUUGUUCAGACCCCCAAAGACCAGACGACCGAAAUCCCCAUCGUGAUGUACCCAUCAGUGGUCUUCCCUGGCGCCACACUUCAGCUGCAGGCGUUUGAGUUCAGGUACCGCAUAAUGAUGCACACCCUUCUUCAGCAAGGCCUCAAGUUUGGGGUCAUCUACUGUGGCAAGAAUGGCAGGAUGGCAGAUGUUGGGUGCAUCGCCCAUGUCAUCGAGUGCGAGAGGCUCAUCGAUGGCCGGUUCUUCCUCACCUGCGUAGGUGAAGAUCGCUUCAGGGUCAUCGAGAUCAUCAGGACAAAGCCCUAUGUUGUUGCAAGGAUCCAGGUGCUGAACGACCAUCCCAGCUCAGAGCCCCAGGAUGACCUUGGGAGCCUGAUGCAGCAGGUGGAGCAGCACCUCAAGAAUGUGGCCAUGCUUUCAGACAAACUGAACCUGAACCAGAAACUGAGGGGAGAUCAUCAGGCUGAGCAAUUCCGCAGGAUGCACUCUGCGGCCUCUUUCUCAUUCGUAAUCGCACGAUUAUUCAUCCAUGAUCGCCUGGAGCAGCAAACACUGCUGCAGAUGAAUGACAUCACCCAGCGGUUGGCGCGAGAGGGGAUGUACCUGGAGCGCAGGAGCAAGUACCUGGCGGCCAUUGCAGCAAUCAAGGACGCCUUUGAGCACCUGUCCUGCAAUGAGAAGUAGAACCUGCCUUGGCAUUUUGGAGGUGUGAUAUUGCUACUAACUAGAUAUGUAGAGCAAUAAACAACCAGACAACCACAUGGUCAUAGGUUUCCUUUUAAUCUUGAAGCUUCUGCUACUUCUGUGUAUAGUGUACAUUCUCUCGUGUCCUUUUUUGUUUUGCAAAUUUUGCUGCUAUUUCCAGAUGUACUUGUGUAUAUACGCGCGCUGUCUGCAACAUGGAGGGUAUAUUGAGUAAGAGCUUUUCUAUCA